AUGUCGCUGAGUGAGCCCGUCGCUGAGGUGUGGGUGCAUGUACUGUCGUAUGUGGACGUAGAGCGCGUGGUGAAUUGCGUGAGCUUCGUCUCGCGCGGCUUCUACGCGCUGGCCACCGAGCCGCAGCUCUGGCACCGCCUCGUUCGCCGCUACUUCCCCAGCGUCGUCAACCUCUACGAAGGGGACCCUGAUGGCUGGCGCAAGACCUUCAUCGCCCAAGCCAGCUCGAAGCGGCCUCGGUUCUGCCUGUUGGGCAAGGUGGACUGCGGCAAGUCGACCCUCAUUGGGCGCAUACUCGUGGGCCUGGGGGCUGCCACAGAGCAAGAGGUCCAGCGGAACAGUGAUGAAGCCAAUUUGGUGGGUGUGAGGACGUACAAGCUCAAGUACGCCUGGAUUUCCGACCGUCUCAAGUUGGAACGAGAGCGCGGAAUCACAAUCGACUGGCACACAAGAGAAUGCACUUUGAGUAGUGGUCGUGAGAUUGAAAUCGUGGAUCUGCCCGGUCACUGCGACUUCAUCAAGAACACUUCCAUCGGCGCAUCGAUGGCCGACGUGGCCAUACUUGUGGCGUCAGUUCACCAGUACCACAUCAACGCGGGACUAACAAACGUGGUACCUCCGGAGCACCUGGUUCUGGCGAAGAGCGCCAACGUGUCCAAGGUGAUUGUUGCGGUCAACAGGAUGGAUGACCCCGCGGUCUUCCACAUGAGCCACUCUCACUUCGAAAUGAUCAAGGACUGUGUGAUGCAAAUGGCGGCAGGCGCGGGGUUCGAACCGGAGGACUUGGUAGUGCUGCCCAUCUCGGCGUGGUCCGGCGAAAACGUAGUCUGCCGGCCUUCCUCGCUUCCCUGGUACGAGGGGCCGAUGCUGUUCGACGUCAUGGAGCAGGCGGCGAGCAGAGUGGUUAUGAAGCGAUCGUUGUUCGUUCUGCGACGAGAGAACGUGCUAUGCACUGGCGGGCAGAGCGGCACGAAGAAGCCGGAGGAGGUGGUGGUCGUGCUGGUGCAGUCGGGGAUGGUACGCGAGGGCCAAGUGCUGCAAGCCGUGCUGCCAGGGCCGAUCGUGUGCCGACGAGAACUGGUUGGGCUGCGGCUGGGAGUGGAGCGCGUUCCAGCAGGAGUUGUACUGAAAGCUGCCAGCGGAGGCGCCGUGAGGAACAGGAAGGCGAAGUGGGCGACCUGGCGCCUGAGUCGCGGUGUCGUGCUGGCUGCGGAGAAUGCGCUGGAGGCGUCCCGCAUCGAGUCCUUCACAGUUCGUCUGGUGCACUCGGUUCCGAUGAACUUGCGCUGCGGCAUCGCUCCCCUCUUCAUCCUCCACACGGCCUCACUUCCCUGUCGGGUUGAGAAGAUAAUCUCCCUCUGGACCGAGGGCCAGGAAGUGCCGGUUGAAGAAGAUGGCAAGGCUGCUGUGAUUCGUGUGGAUCGGGGCAUGAGCACCCUUGUGCAGGUCAAACCUCUGGGCGAUGUGUUUGUGGAGCCCUACGCGCGCAACGCUGCCCUGGGCACGGUGCUCGUGUCGGACAUGGGUCCUAUCACUGCCUAUGGGCGCAUCGAAUCCGUCUUUCGCCAUGGCCAGGGCACAACAUCGUAA